AUGUUGGUCCAGUUGCCGCGACUGGCCGUCGUGGCAGCCAGCUUGUUGUCCACCUCAGUCCUCAUCAACGGCCUCGACAUACCCUCCGACACUCCCAUCUCCUCCCUUCUGUCCUCGGCACAGGCCCACCUCGCCCGCGGCGAGACCAGCAAUGCCCUCGAGUACUAUGAUGCCGCCAUCGCCAGGGACCCCAGCGACUACCUGACCUACUUCAAGCGCGCCACCACCUACCUCUCCCUCGGCCGCACCUCCCAGGCUUCGGACGACUUCAACAAGGUCCUGUCGCUCAAACCUGGCUUCGAGGGCGCCCACGUCCAGCUGGCCAAGCUCAAGGCCAAGAGUGCCGAUUGGGAUGGCGCCAAGCACCAGUACGCACUGGCCGGAAAGACUGCCGGGUCCGAAGAGUUUGACAAGCUGAUCGAGGCCGAGGGUGCCGCCGCUCUGGCCCGCGUCGCCGCCGACGCCGCCAAUUGGGACGAAUGUAUUGGCCAGGCCGGCGAAGCCAUCUUCACUGCCAACCGGGCUCCCGCGCUCCGCGAAUUGCGCGCCAGGUGCCGCUUCGAAAAGGGCGAGGUCGAGGAGGGUAUGGGCGACCUGCAACAUGUGUUGCAAAUGAAACCCGGCGACACGACGCCUCACGUCACCAUAUCCGCCACCACCUUUUACGGUCUCGGAGACACGAACCAGGGCCUCGCACAGAUUCGCAAGUGUCUGCACUCGGAUCCCGACUCCAAGAUAUGCAAAAAGGUCAUGAAGCAGGAAAAGAGCAUUGAAAAGACCCUGGCCAAGGUCAACAAGGCCAUGGAGAAGAAACAAUUCAUGACGGGCGUCAAGUCGCUCGUCACUAGUGGCGACGAGAAGGGACUCAUUGACGAGAUCAAAGAGCAGGUCCAGGAGCUCAAGACGGAAGGUUUCAUUGCAGAAAAGGCUCCUACUGCCCUGCUCAACCAAAUCGUUGAGUUGGCGUGCCAGGCCUACUACGAGGCCAAUGGCAAGAAGGCGAGCAUCUACUGUACCGAGUCUUUGCAACUCGAUCCCAGCUCCUUUUACGGCCUGCUCUACAAGGCAAAGACCCAGCUCGAAGCCGACGACUUUGAGCCUAGCAUCAACACCCUAAACCAGGCCGCCGAGGCGCGGCCCGACCGCAAAAAUAUUGUCAACCCCCUGUUGCAAAAGGCACAGGUCGCCCUCAAGCGCAGCAAGACCAAGGACUACUACAAGGUCCUCGGCGUCGCCAACGAUGCCGACGAGAGGCAGAUCAAGUCGGCCUACCGCAAGCUGUCCAAGCAGUUCCACCCGGACAAGGCCAUUAAACAAGGUAUCACCAAGGAGGAAGCCGAGAAGAAGAUGGGAUCUAUCAAUGAGGCGUACGAGGUCUUGAGUGACCCCGAGCUGCGGGCAAGAUUCGACAGGGGCGACGAUCCCAACUCUCACGAACAACAGGGCGGUCACCCCUUCCACGGCAGCCCCUUUGGAGGUCAGCCCUUUAUGUUCCAGCAAGGCGGCGGCCAGCAGUUCAACUUCAAAUUUGGCUCUGGUGGCGGCGGCGGCGGCGGCGGCGGCGGUUUCCCCGGCGGCUUUCCUUUUGGUUAA